AUGGCGGCCAAACGGCCGCCUGAUGAAAAAAAUCUAUCUUUUAGCGAAAUUUUGAAGGGAGCAAAGCCGAAUCCAAGGAAGAUGUUUAAAAGCACUGAAAAUCCAAACGGCGAAGAAUCUUUUAUCCAUUCUAGUCCAACGGUUUACAAAGGUGAGCCAGCAUUCUUGUUAACCAAGGAGGAGGAUGACAAAUUGGCGGAACCAUUCAAAAAUGCGCUCAUUGGUAAAUUCUCGAAAGGGAGGCCUUCAAUGGAGUAUUUGUGGGCUCAAUUUCAAAAAAUAGGGUUCAAGGGUGAAUUCUCUUUAGGAAUGCUUGAUCAUCGGCUUGUCUUGAUUUGUUUUGAUCAAGAAGAUGACUUCCAACGGAUUAAAGGUCUUUGGAUGUUUGAUAAUCAUAUCAUGAGAGUUUUGAAGUGGACUCCGGAGUUCAACCCGGAGCAUGAGUCUUCUAUAUCUCCAGUUUGGGUAGCUUUUGAGGGUUUGCCGAUUCACCGAUUUAAUGCGGAAUUUGCGCAAACUGGCUGGAAUUAUAGGGACGCCAUUGAAGAUCCAUGUUCCAACCUUGAACAUGUCAAGGCCAUCAAUUGCAAGGCUCUGUUGAAGACUGCGACUGCGGAGGAUCCAGGGAAUAAAGCUUCAACAUCGGGUGUCGCAGCGGCGGAAAAAGGCAGAAUUCCGAUUGAUGUAGCGGAUGUAAACUUGUCGUCGCGAUUUGAAGUUUUAGCUGCUAUGGCUGAGGAUCAGCAUAAUGAAACUGACAGAGGGGCUGCUGUGAUAACUGAGAAUGAGUUGCAAAGGGUGGAGGUCUCUGAUUCUGAAUUGGAGGAACUUCAAGAGCAGGUUGCGACGCAGUUUGCUGCGAAUCUUGAAUAUGAGCAGGAUGAUAUAGAAGUUGGAAAACAAACUGAGGGACAUAAUCUUCCGCUUCUCAGGGUUGUGGAAUCGGAUGAAGAAGGUCAAAAGAAAAGGCCGGGGAGGCCUAAAGGGUCUGUUAAGAACAAGAAGCUUCAAGGCGGUGAAACUCAAAAAUCAUCGAGAAUCAAUGGUGAUCUUCCUUUAACCGUUAAUAAAGAGUAA